AUGGAUGAAUCUGAGGAAAACCUGAGCUCUGAGGACAUUAAAUCUACUGAUAGUCCAAUGACUGUCAAAUCUAAACCAAAGAAACGGUCAUUGAUUGAACGGGAACUUGAAACAAGUUUAACUGCAAGAAUAACUUCCCCGGUGGCUUCUGGGGAUGGUACUAACACUAGCAGGUAUGGAAGAGCUCGCCGAUUGAAGUCUGAAAUAGAACAACCCGAUGUUAAGAAAGUGACGACGGAACUUAAGUCACCUUCUAUUGAAAAAUCUCCUGUUCGGGCUCAUACUCAGUCCCCUGCUUACAAAAUGCAUGCGUCUAAUUCUCCUCUAAAACGCACUGAGUCACCCAAAAAUGUGGGUGAGAAAUUUUUGGACAAUCAAAUAGAAAACAUUUAUCAAGAGAACAUAUCACUCAGCCGCUUUGGUAAUGAAGAGCUGAAUGUAGUUGCUGCAUCGCCAGUGAAGAAGUUCCCAAAAGUUUAUAUAAGGAAGGAUCUAAUACAGAAAAGAGAACCAGAAGAUACUGUCAAUGUGAUUCAAAAUAUGUUUUCACCUACUAGAAGUGUUAAGAAAUCUUCUAGCACACACUUAAACAAUAUUCUUGAAAGGUCUUCUGAGCGAUAUGAUUUGAAUAAUAAAUCUCAAAAUGGAUACAUAGAUAAUUCAUCAGUUGUCAAAACUUUGGACUUUGACAGUAAGAAGAAGAAGAGAGAUAGCAAAGAUAGUAAUGCUGUUCCAUCAAAAAGUGAACUGUUUGAUAUGGAAGCAAAAUGUCAAUUUCAGGUUGGAGAUUUGGCCUGGGCUAGAAUGGGUUCUUAUCCAUUCUGGCCAUCUAUUGUUACUAGAGAUCCAUCUACUGGAAUUUUUGUUAAAAAGAAGUUAUUUGGUCGUAUUGAACGUGACGUCAUCCAUGUGACAUUCUUUGGGGACAAUGGGCGCCGCGGCUGGAUCGUGGACAGUAUGCUCCGAAAAUACCUUGGACAACUUGAGUUUGAGGCGGCUAGAGAGAAUUUUACAGUCGAGGCAAAGAAAAAAGACCCCAAGCUCUACGCAGCAUAUUUUGUCUCUGAAAAGAAAUUACCGUUAUGGAAUAUGUCGGUCGAGGAAGCAGAGAUGUUACUACGGGAACCCAAACGACUGCGAAUUGAUAUAUUCUACGAAAUGUUAGAAAAGUCAAGGACAGGCAAAGCUAAACAGGCUAAAGGUAAAAUAAGUAGAACAGAUAGUGACGUAUCUUUAAGCGAGAGCCUUUACGAUAGUCUAUUUUCUGAGGACGAUGGAAAGUCGGACAACAAUGAUAGAUCAAGAACUAGACAAAGAAAAAAAUCUCUAGACAUGUUUGAAGUUGUCACAGCAUGCCUUGAUAAUAUGGCGGCUAAAACUGGUAUUACUAAAAUUCAAAGACAAUCACACAUGGACAGGUGGCUUCAGAAGGCAAAGUCAAAAACCCCAGAGAAAACCAAAGCUAAAACACCUAUACCUACAAAGAAGGAAGAAAAAAAAGAACCUAUAGUUAAUGUUACCAAGAAAAAGAUGAGUACUCCAAAAAAGCCGCUACGAAAACAUUAUAGUUUACGAAAAUCUAAUGAAUCUCAAAACUUAUUAAAUCAAGGUAAUUCACUUAAACAAGAUGAUAAUCUAGAAAUAGAAACUGAUUUGACUUCCAUUACGCAUGACAGUUCUAAACUAAGCACAUCACAAGAUGAAAGUGAAAUAUGUGUUAUAGCCAAAGUUGAAAGCUUAGCUAAGAAAACUCAAGAUAAAGAUAAAAGUGUUAAAUCAGAAACUAGCAAUGAAACAAUGACGACAGAGAGUCCUAAAGAAAGCUCAAUAGAUAUUAAUGGAACUUUGGAAUCUGAAACCUACACUGAAGAAUCGGAGGAGUCCAUUGACGGCGCGGUAGAUAAACAGAAAUCAGACUUCAGUGUACCCAAUUCAGAUACUGCGGUAAAAGAUUUUAACUCUGAAUGUUCAUUUAGUACAGAGUUGCAAGAUUCUUCUAAGAUUGAUUUAGAUUUAGAGAUGGACCAGUCUGAAAAACACAAUAAAAUUAAUGUAAAACCGAAUGACCAAGAUGUUGACUCCCAAGAUAGUGAUCUGAAUUUUCAAAAUAGUAUAGAAACAGAAAAAGCUCCUGAUGGUCUAGACUCACAAUCUUUUAAUAGUGAUAAACCGAAUAUGGCACAAUCGGAAUCAUCUAACGAUGAUUUUGAUUCACUUAAAUAUGAUUCAGAUAAGGAAGAUUCUAUUGAGUUGAUAGACAUUUCUAAUAAGAAUUUGAACACAGAUAUUAUUACUGUGAGACAAGAAAUAUCUGGAGCCACAGUUUGUACCGAGUUACAGACACAUGCAAGUAAUGCUACAUGCAUUACUGACAAUUUGACUGACAAAAACGUGAAUACUAUUAACAUAGACAUAAACACUGAAAACUCUCAUAGUGAAAGUGUAAAUAUAGAUAAAAGUAAUAUUGAGAAUAACCAUGAUAGUAAAGAUAUUACAAAUAGUGCUGAUGAUUAUAAAGAAAAUGAUGCAUCAACUGCACAGGAAAAUUUAAAAAGCAUACCACAUAAUUCACAAGAAGAUGAUUUAGAUAAAGAAAUUAAAGAUAAUGAUGAAAACGAAGCUGAUUCUAUGUCUAUUGACGAUGAUAGCGAUAGUGAACGUCUGCCAUAUAGUCCUUUAUCAAAUUUAGGUAAUAAUAGUGAUGAUAACUUAAGCCUUGAUGAACUUCCUUUUGUAAAUGAUAAAGUGCCUGAACUUGGACAACCAAAUUUAGAUGUUACAAAUAAACAAGAUGCUGAUGAACUCUUAACUGUAGUUGACGAAGGUUUAAAUAAAUAUAAUUGUAAUUCUAGUACAUAUGACCUUAACAAUGAUAUUGUCAAAUAUAAUCUAAGUAAAACUUCUGAGAAAUAUGCAUUAGUAGAAACAGAUAAUAGUGCUAGUGAAAAAUUUGAAUUGAAUGGUGAUAUUAGCGAUGAAAACAAAACGAUAAAUAUUACAGGCAAUAUAGAAAAUUGUAAUAAAGAAGUUAAUAUACUUGAGCGCAAAGUAGAUUUAAUUAAUAAUAUUAAGGAUGAUAACACUCAGGAUGAUGACAAUAUUAAUAAUGGUUAUAGAGGUGAAAAUGUAAGAGAACUUGAAAUGGCUUCCAAAGAAGUACGCAUAUAUGUAACUGACAAGACUCUUAAGAAAACCGAAUCUAUCAAAGAAAAUGGUUUCCACAAUACAAAUGGAGACUUUGAUGUAGAAACAGCAUCUAUUAAUUCAGAAGAUAGUGUAACUUCAACAAAAUCUGAAAGUAGAAAUAAACUGCGUUCUAAACCAGACAAGAAGCUAGAAGAUCCUUUAUUGAAUCCAGAAUUUGUGAAAUAUAUGGAACUAAGACAGGAUGCAAUUAUAGAUGAGAAUCCUGAUUUAAAUGAAAACGAAAUUGUAGCCUAUUUAUAUAAAACUUGGCUUUAUGAAGAAAGUGUAAAGUCUGAUGAUAAAAAAAAUGACGAUUUAAGGGAGUUUAAUUUAGUUAAAGGCUUGAAUCAGCCUGAACCGAAGGAUCCAGUUCAAAUAAAGCGUAAUCUAAGUCUAAACAAACAUCGAGCAACUAAAACCAAUACCAUACAAAGAUAUUUACGUAAAAAUAAAGAUGACAAUAGAGAAAAGCAUAUUGAGACUGAUGAAAUAUGUUUAUUAAGUAAAAGAGGUGUACGAAAAAAUAUGAUAAAAGACGAUGAUGAUGAAAUACUAGUUAAAGAAGACGAAAAACAAGUGUCACUUAAUAUUGUCCAAAAAGUUACAGAUCUUCCACUUGACAAAGAACAAGAAAAUGAAAACAACCAGGAAAAACUCAAUCCGUUAAAUGAAAAUGAAUUUACUACCUCUGAAGAAACAACCAGUUCAAAUAUUGUCCCAGAGACUAAUGAAAGGUUAUGCUCAGAUUUUAAAAAACCUCCUGCAGCAGUAUCCUUAGAACCUUUAUCAUUAGCAAAUUUCUCUCCCACACAGGAAUCUGAAUUAAUGGACACCAAAACUGAAAAAAAGCAACAAACAGAUACUACAAAUUCUGUUAAAGAAUCUUUAAGUGAAGAUAAAGGAAAGUAUGAUGGUGAUAAAGAUUCUCUUGAUUCUGAAGAUAGUGAAGCACCAUUAAUAAAAUGUAAAUUACGUUCGAAAGCAAAGAAAGAAAAAGAGGGUAGUGUCGACAGAAAAGUAAAAGAUGAGGAUGCUGACACAAUAUCUAUCAAUUCAGAAGAUAGCGAAAUAUCUGUUACUAAACGAAGAAAGAAAUUUACUGUUAAGAAAAUUGAAAGCGCUAUGGAAGAUCCUGAAUUUGUUAAAUAUCUUGAGUUGAGACAAGAUGCGCUCAUAGAUGAGAAUCCUGAUCUCACACAAAAUGAAAUUAUCACAUAUUUGUAUCAAACGUUUUUAUAUGAAGAGAAUAAUAAGUCGGAAACUAAAAAAAGUGAUGAAAUUAAAGAAUCCAAUUUAGUUAAAGGUCUUAAAGAUGCAGCACAAGAACCCAAAAAAGUUAAACGUAAAAUUCUAAAAACCGAAAAAGAUGGUGUAGAUGAGGAAAUGUCGACAAAAGAAAAACCUAAAAGGAAAAGUGUUAAGCCAUUUUACAACGAAGAGUAUUCAGACAUUGAAGAGGAACUUGAAGUUUUCGAAAUUUUCAAGCCUAAACAGAGAGUUGUUUCUAGUGAAGUAGAACCAGCAGUUUUAGAAUCUGAACAGUUGCAAAGACCAGUUGAGGUAUAUGAUGAGGUCGAACUAUAUUUUGCUGAACUGACUAAACCAAAACCAAAUAUUUUUAAGGGUUUAAUCAGGGAGAAAGUUUGCGAAAUUUGCGAGAAAAUUGGUAGUUUAGUAAAAUGCAAAGGCUGUAAUGGCAUGUUUCAUGUUGACUGCGUUAACAAGGAAGUUCAAGUAGUAGAAGUUUCUGCUCCAACUAGAGGUAGAAAGAAAAAGAAAAAGACAAUCCGGAGACCUAAAAAUUCAGAAGACAUUGACACUGAUGAUAGAAGCCAAGACACAAUAGAAGAUAAUAAUAUUUCUGUUGAAGAAAUUAUUGAAGCAGACCCUCACACAGUGGACGCAGAUGUUUUAGAAAGCCUACUAAGCGCUAAAAUGAAGGAGAUUUUGGACUCGUCUGAAAAGAUCGAUUACGAAUCAUAUUCGAGUGACGACGGUCUUGAUUGGAACGAAACUUUACCUGGCAAAUGCGAAAUAGUCGAUGUAAAACUCAAACCUAGGCGUUCAAUGACCGAUAUCGAAUAUGCAGAUUUUAAAUGCAAUAAUUGUCAAAAGUACAAUACUCCUGUGUGUUUCGUCUGUAAAAAUGCUGUGUCAAAGAACGAUUCAAUAAAAAGACAGAAAUGUCAUGUAGCACAUUGUCAUAAAUAUUACCAUUUAGAAUGCUUGGACCAAUGGCCUCAAACUCAUUUUAAUGGAGGAGCGCCUUCGAAGACUAAUAAGAAAAUUAACGAAUAUUUUGAAGCUCUGACGUGUCCGAGACAUGUAUGUCACACGUGUGUAUCUGAUGACCCUAGGGGCUGCAAGACGAGGUUCAGUGGGGACAAGUUGGCUAGGUGUGUGAGGUGCCCAGCGACAUACCACUCCUUCACCAAGUGCUUGCCGGCUGGUUCUCAGAUUUUGACGGCGUCGCAUAUUAUAUGUCCGAGGCAUUAUGAACACAGGCCUGGCAAGGUGCCGUGUCAUGUGAACACGGGCUGGUGCUUCAUUUGCGCGCUGGGAGGCUCCCUUAUCUGCUGCGAGUACUGCCCGACGUCCUUCCACGCAGAGUGCCUUAGCAUUGACCCACCUGAAGGUGGUUAUAUGUGCGAAGAUUGUGAAACGGGACGGCUGCCGCUGUAUGGAGAAAUGGUGUGGGUCAAACUUGGACACUACAGAUGGUGGCCAGGAAUAAUUCUGCAUCCUUACGAGAUACCAGAAAACUUGCUAGCAGUGAAACACAGCCUGGGCGAGUUUGUGGUGCGAUUCUUUGGUCAAUACGACCACUACUGGGUCAAUAGAGGUCGCGUGUUUCCUUUCCAAGAAGGUGACUCUGGUCGAAUAUCCAGUCAGAAGUCUAAAAUAGACGCGGCGUUCACCACUGCCAUGGAACAUGCACAGAGAGCAUGCGAAAUAUUGAAAAAGGCGCAACCAAACGAAGAAGAAUCUCUCGACAUAGCAUCGUCACUACUGCCUCCGCACUACGUAAAACUAAAGGUGAACAAACCUUGUGGUUCCCUCUGCGGUAGGAAGCUCGAUGACCCUGAGAGCUCACUGACUCAGUGUGAAUGUAAUCCUCUCGAUGAAGACCCUUGUGGACCAUAUUCACAGUGUCUAAAUAGGAUGCUGCUAACGGAGUGCGGUCCUACAUGUCGAGCGGGUGAUCGCUGCAACAACCGCGCCUUCGAGAAGCGCCUCUAUCCCAAACUGGUCCCGUACAGAACGCCUAGCAGGGGAUGGGGACUUAAAACCCUUGAGGAUAUAAAAGCUGGACAAUUUGUGAUAGAAUAUGUGGGUGAAUUAAUAGACGAAGAGGAGUUCAGACGGAGAAUGCGCAGAAAGCACGAGAUCAGAGAUGAAAACUUUUACUUCUUGACGCUAGACAAGGAGAGGAUGAUCGACGCUGGACCAAAGGGAAAUCUUGCUAGGUUUAUGAAUCACUGCUGCGAGCCGAACUGCGAAACUCAGAAGUGGACGGUGCUCGGCGAUGUGCGAGUUGGACUGUUCGCGCUGUACGACAUCAAAGCUCACAGUGAAGUGACGUUCAACUACAAUCUGGAAUGCGCUGGAAUCGAUAAGAAACGGUGUAUGUGUGGCGCUAAAAGGUGUUCAGGGUAUAUCGGUGCUAAACCUAAACAGGAAGAAUCCCAAACAAAGAAAAGCAAAAUGCACCCAGGCAAACGGACAUACAAAAAACGUAAGCCAGAAGAAUCCCCCUCUACUAAGAACAAACCAAAACGUCCGAUAGGCCGACCACCGAAACCCAAAGAACUAACGGAGAUAGAAAAGGACCUGCUCAUCAUAAGGAACGCUACAAAUGGCCUCUCCAGUGACGAAAGCAGCCGAAGCUUGAGUUCAGAGUACGAUAGAAAUCCGAAAGCUUUGAAGAGAAAACGAGUGAGUUUCUCCACUGAAGAAGUCAUAGUGUAUGAUGGUACAGAGUCCCCUAACGUCAAAAAGAGUAAAUUAGAAGAUAAGUUAGAGGGAGAUUGA